AUGCAUCUUCGGUGCCAGGCCAUGAGCCCUGAUGGAUUCAGCUGCAUGAAGAGCGUCAAGGACGGUAACCCGGAGAGGUUCAAGUACUGCAAUGACCACGGCUGCAAAUACCCGCACUGCGAACAGGGCAAGCACGAAGGCAGCAAGGGGUACUGCCCGCAGCACAGCUGCCUCGCGGCGCCGCACAACUGGUGUGACAAGCCACGGCUGGUCGACGACGGGUCCUUCUUCUGCGAGACACACACGUGCGAGGCGCAGACGUGCACGGCCGAGGUCGCCGGCAGGGGCGACAGGGGCGACGCGAGCCGCAGCUGCGAGAGCCACCGGCGCUGCGCCAGGGAGGGCUGCACGGCGCGCUGCCACACGCGGGACACGGGCGCGACGGUCAGGUGGUGUGGCCUGCACUACUGCCAGGAGGCGUCGUGCCAGAGCGAGCGCGCCCCGGGAAACAGGCAGCACUGCAGCGAGCACAUCUGCUUGGAGCCCAUGUGCGGGAACGGGAGGCUGGACAUGGGGGCUGGGCGGUACUGCAUGGACCAUCAGUGCAAGACGGAGAGGUGUUUCGAGCGGAGGGACCAGAGGGCCCCCGGGACUGAACACUGCGCGCUGCACAUCUGCUGGGUGGAGCACUGUCCCAAGCCUGCUGCUUUGGGCAGGAACCGGUGCGAUGAUCAUCGCUAUUGUCGGGAACAGGGGUGCAAGGAGUACAUCUUUAUUGAGAAGGGGCCCGAGGGGGACAUCAGGCACCCGACGUGCGAGAACCACCACAAGACACAAUGCCCUGCGACCAACCUCGGCGGCAAGCGCUGCAUGAACCGCCUCGAAAGGGGCCAGACCUACUGCAAGGACCACUCGUGCGAGCUGGGCAGCUGCCGCAACCAGCGCAGCUUCGCGUCGCUGCAGUACUGCGAGGCGCACAAGUGCACGGUGGCGGCGUGCCAGCAGCUGCGCAAGAACACCAUCGCCGGCCUGGACCUGGCGUCGGGCUCCCUCCGCGCCAGCCUGCUGCUCAGCAGAGGCGGUGGGGAAGGAGGAGGGGCCCUCCUGAUGUCGAGCUACUGCGCCGCGCACGCGUGUGCUGGGGAUGGCGGGCGGUGCGGUGACCGCGUCGCAGAGCUGGGCAGGAGCUCGUUCUGCCCGAGGCAUGAGUGCUGCCACCGCGGGUGCGCAAAGGAGGCCACGCGGCAGCCGCGGCGGAGGAGCUCGACGGCGGGCUACUGUGACCGUCACUACCAGAGGCGGAGGGCCGCCGGCGGGCGGCGGCAUGCCUGGGGGUCCGUUUGGGCCGAUGCCGGUGCCAAUGCCCAUGGGGAUGCCUAUGGGAUUCCCUCCUUACUUUGGCGGUCAGGGGUACGAUAG